GCAAAUGAGACGCAAAGCAGCAUGCAGAUGAGUGCAGUGUUUUUUGGCACUCCGCUCGGGUCCUGAGCCCGGCGGAGCUACGUUCCUGGUCGCCUGGAACCGCUCCGUGACCGUGCCUGGGAGCUGCGUCCUAAGGGGUGGGUCUGGGCCGUGGGAGCUGUAGUUAUACCGGGCAGUUCGCCAGCUGGGUCUGGCGCUGGGGAGGCCGAAGAUUGCUGGGAAAGAAGGGGCAGUGCAGGGAGGCCAGGGUGGGGGCUAGCCCGGGGCGUCCUCCCCGCCGCUCCACCUCCGCAUGAUACAAAAGGUCCUCUGUCCUCGCUACAGGCAGCAGGGAAAGGAUCGGGGCGGUGGCUCCUCUACGCUCCCUGGUUUUGUCUGCAAAGGAAACAGACUGUGGCUCGGUGGCUAUCCUCUAUCUCCCAGUCUCUACAAAGCCCAAGAAUACAGCCAGAGGAACCCUGAAAAUCUGCCCCCAGUCCGCAGGCACAGCUGCAGCGCCCACCAGCGGUGCAGCCAGCGGGGAUAGGACUCCAGCACUCGGAGGGCGGCAGCAGAGAGCCCUUUAAGGGGAGGGGCCAGUGUUCCCUAGGACCGCCUCCUCCGAUUUGACUCAGCGCUUGCUGGACUGGCUCGCGCCUCCGCCAACCGCCUUUACGUUUCCUUCCCGUCUCUUCCCUGGUGACCCCGGAAGUGGAAGUAACCGUAGGUCGGUGGCCACGGCGGGGACGGAAGGCGGAAGCAGAGCGUGAGCGGGAGGCGGAGCCGGGGGAGCUGCUCUCGUAGCUCCCCCUGGCCCUAGGCCCAGCUGCUGGAGGGGGAGGAGUUACCGCCGCUCUUCCGGCCUCAGAACUUAUCAUGAUGGCUGUGACCUAAAAUCCUCAGGAAGCCCCGGGGUCAUGGCCCAGAAGCACCCCGGAGAAAGAGGGUUGUGUGGAGCCCACCACAGUGGUGGCGCCUCCCUCAGGACUUUAGGAUCCUCUGUGGACCCUGAAAUACUUUCAUUCUCAGGACUCAGGGACUCAGCGAGGCCUGCUUCUAAUGGUACCCGCUGCCUCACAGAGCACUCUAGUCCUAAGUACACACAGCCCCCAAACCCAGCCCACUGGUCGGAUCCAAGCCAUGGCCCCCCAAGGGGUCCAGGACCCCCUAGGGAUGGAGAGGACCCUGAUCAGAGUGAGGCAUCUUCAGAGGAAGAGUCAGGAGUGGACCAGGACCUCUCAAGAGAGAAUGAGGCUGGGUACCAGGAGGAUGGGAACCCUUCUUUUCUUUCCAUUCCAUCUGCUUGCAACUGCCAGGGAACCCCUGGAAUCCCUGAAGGGCCUUACUCUGAGGGAGGAGAUAGCUCUUCUAGCAACUUUUGCCACCAUUGUACCUCUCCAGUUUUGGGGGAAGAUGAAGAGUUGGAAGAGGAAUAUGAUGAUGAGGAACCUCUUAAGUUCCCCAGUGAUUUUUCACGUGUGCCCAGUGGAAAGAAACCACCUCGGAGACAGCGGCACCGCAUUCCAGCCAAGGAGGAUACUCGGGAAGGUGGACGCAGAGAUCCCAGGUCCCCUGGCCGACAUAGGCUGGGCCGGAAACGAAGUCAAGCAGAUAAGCGCAGAGGCCUGGGAUUAUGGGGAGCAGAGGAACUGUGUCAGCUUGGACAGGCAGGCUUCUGGUGGCUGAUUGAACUGCUGGUAUUGGUGGGAGAGUAUGUGGAAACUUGUGGCCAUCUCAUCUAUGCAUGCAGGCAGCUGAAAGGCAGUGAUCUGGACCUUUUUCGAGUCUGGGUGGGAGUCUGGGCAGGGCGGCUGGGGGGCUGGGCCCAGGUGAUGUUCCAAUUUAUGAGCCAAGGAUGUUGCUAUGGGGCAGGGCUGUUAACCCGUUUUCUUAGGCUACUGGGUGCUUUGCUCCUCUUGGCUCUGGCUCUCUUGUUGGGCUGUCUACAGUUGGGCUGGCGGUUUCUGGUGGGACUGGGUGACAGGUUAGGCUGGAGGGGUAAAGCCACUUGGCUCUUUUCUUGGCUGGAUUUUCCCACCCUGCAGCGUUGCCUGAUUCUGCUGAGAGAUAGCAGGCCAUGGCAACAGUUGGUAAAAAUGUUUCAGUGGGGUUGGCUGGAGUUGCCUUGGGUCAAGCCAAGGACUGACAGGCAGGGGAAUGCACCUAUAGCUGGUGGUCGCUACUGCCAGCCUGAAGAAGAAGUGGCUCGACUCUUGACCAUGGCUGGGGUUCCUGAGGAUGAGUUAAACCCUUUCCAUGUGUUGGGGGUUGAAGCCACAGCAUCAGAUACUGAACUGAAGAAGGCCUAUAGGCAGCUGGCAGUGAUGGUUCAUCCUGACAAAAAUCAUCAUCCCCGGGCCGAGGAGGCCUUCAAGGUUUUGCGGGCAGCUUGGGACAUUGUCAGCAAUCCUGAAAGGCGGAAGGAAUAUGAAAUGAAACGAAUGGCAGAGAAUGAGCUGAGCCGGUCGGUGAACGAGUUUCUGUCCAAGCUGCAGGAUGACCUCAAAGAGGCAAUGAACACUAUGAUGUGCAGCCGAUGCCAGGGAAAGCAUAGGAGGUUUGAAAUGGACCGGGAACCUAAAAGUGCCAGAUACUGUGCUGAGUGUAAUAGACUGCAUCCUGCUGAGGAAGGAGACUUUUGGGCAGAGUCAAGCAUGUUGGGCCUCAAGAUCACCUAUUUUGCGCUAAUGGAUGGAAAGGUGUAUGACAUCACAGAGUGGGCUGGAUGCCAGCGUGUGGGAAUCUCCCCAGAUACUCAUAGAGUCCCCUAUCACAUCUCAUUUGGUUCUCGGAUUCCAGGCACCAGUGGGCGGCAGAGCCCCAGAAGCCCCUCCUGCAGACCUUCAGGAUUUCUUGAGCCGGAUCUUUCAAGUACCCCCAGGCCAGAUGUCCAAUGGGAACUUCUUUGCAGCUCCUCAGCCUGGCCCUGGGGCCACUGCAGCCUCUAAGCCCAACAGCACAGUACCCAAGGGAGAAGCCAAACCGAAGCGGCGGAAGAAAGUGAGGAGGCCCUUCCAACGAUGACACCCCUUCUCUUCUUUCCUCAGAUCAAUGUCAGGGAGUCAAAAGGGCUGUGUAUAGCACAGGAUGGAGUUUUGAUUUGUUUAUUUUUAAAUAUUGAAAAAAGGGAAAAUUUUAAGUUCAAAUUGUUCACUCAGUACCUGUAGGAAGCCCCAGAACCACUCUCCCUCCUCCACCAGCACCUAGGAACUGAAACUUGUCUUUAGACAAUACCAAAGAAAUAGGGGGUGGCUAGAGCAAAGAACCUAGAGCCUGGAUCUGGGCUGGACAGUAUCUCCCAUGGUAGCAUGGGAACUGGGUAUUUCCCUGGGGUCUGUAUGCCUUUGUCUUUUGCUUCUAGAGCAGAUGACACUUCCCCCCCUCUUUUAAAACUGUAAGUCUAUCUGAUUUCCUGACCCAUUUCAGGAGGGAGCCCCCUCCUUUACCCCAACAUACUAGUUAAAAGACAGAACAAGAAAGCAUGUAGCCCUAAUUAUAGGAGAUUAUACAUAGAAUUCAAAGAGUGGGAACUCUACAUUUUUCCUGACAUCCACCUUGUGGGUAAUCACCCAACUUCAUGCUUGUUGCUGCAGGGAUGGCCAAAACUGAUAAUUUUUAAAAAGCAGACUCAUGCCCUCUGCCCUUGGGUGAGAGGGAAGGAAAAAGGGGCUCCCAGCAGCCCCUUUAUGAUCCAAGGGUUUGUAUUUUUUUAAGUUUGUUCAUAUUUGUAUGUACAUAUCUAUUUAAAGCCAGGGGAUUAUCUUUCUAUAAAUAUAUAACUGGCAACCUGUA